UGCAACACUAGUAGUGACGGUCCUCUCGCGUCAGACCGAGCAUUCAGACGCUCCGAGCUUUCAGUCGUUUAAGAACUUGCAAACGUAUCAGACGUGCUUGUGCUAAAACUUAUUGAGGUUCCAUGUGCUUGAUGACAAUAAACAUUUUAAUAUUUUUAUACUAUUUUUUUUAGUUUUUUAUCUCAAGAAUUCCAUUAUUUUAACUAAACUAUUUAUGAACUGUCACAAACUCAGAAUGAAACGCCAAUGAAGGAAGUCAAACUGACGAAUCAGUCUGAAAGUUUAGUAAAGUUAUGGCAAUCUUCAACAAAAUGGAUAAUCAUAUGAAUUUAAUCUUUUUUCUUCUACUAAUUGGAGUUAUUGGACAAUCUUCAGCAGCAAAAUGUGAUAGAAGAAUGGACACAUUUAUUGAACCUACAGAGCUUGAUGGAAGAUUUUUUAUCACUGUUUGGUCUGCCAAUAAAACUGAAACAGUUGAUAUGUAUAUGCCAAAUACUCGUUAUAUUGCUCUUGAAAUAGACACGUUAAAUGAAAUGCUUGAUAACAUGACAUUUGAAAAUGUUAUGGUCAAGCUGGAGGGUGUGUUUAUGCUUAAAGCAAACCACCCAAAUGAGGAAAUUGAGUUAUCCCUGCAUGAAAAUUAUAUUUCACUAAAAACUCAGACGAGUGUUGAGUACAAAGCAGCUAAAACAUUUGUUACCAAAGAGGAGUUGAAAGCGCUAGAAGUAUGGCUGGACAAAUGUAAGAAACAGGGCGUGAAAGCUGUGCUGCCGAGUACUGUAAAGAAACAGGAAAUAGUUGAUCCUGUAGAGGAACAAUGGUUGGCUACGAGAAUCAGCAACGACAGAACGAAUGACGACAGUAGUGGUGACGACGGAAAGAGUGACGAGAGAAUCAGUAACGACAGAACGAAUGACGACAGUAGUGGUGACGACGGAAAGAGUGACGAGGGAACUAGAUAUGACGGAACUAGUUAUAAGAGGAGUGUCAACACAACGAGAGCUAUGAUUCAUAAUGUAGAAGGAGAUAAUAUAACUCAGUUGGCCACUGAGACAAAAGGUAAAGGUCUACCUAAAAUAAUUGAGACAAAACCGGUAAAAAUAUCUCUAAAGAAAUUUAACGUUCCUAAACUAUUGAAUAAAUCUGACAAUAAAAAUUGUUUAGAUGACACAAAUACAGAAACUAAACAAAAGACUGACGAAAAGGCGACUGCCUGGAUACCUUGCUUCAAUGCCAUGGACAAUAUGCUGUUGCAGCAGUCCAAAAUGUUGGCUAGCUUAACUGAAACUAUGAAAAGCAUGGAGAAAAGGCAAUCAGAAAUUAUGGAAGAGUUAUGUCGUAACCGACAAAAUAUGAGUGAUCUGGGUAAACAAGUAGAGAAAAUCGAGUGUAAUAUAAAACAGGCAGAGGCAAAUCGAAAUCAGACAAAAUCAGGAGAGACCAGAGCAGCAAUGACAGUUAAGAAAGGUACGAGUGCGAGAUGUUAUGAGUGCUCUGAUUUUGGUCAUAUCAGUUAUGAUUGCCCCCGAAAAGGAACAGGUGUUGUGAAAUGUUACGAGUGUAAUAAGUUCACAAACCAUAAGGCUGACGAGUGUCCUCAAAGACAGGAAAGACUAAAGAAGCAAGGAUCUACGAGUGGUCGAGUUUAUAAAAGAGGUAAUGGAUCUGAUCAAUCUAAAGAAUGAGAGUUAAACGAGAGGAGAAACAGAAGUUAAUGAGACGACCAAUUGCCAAAGCAAGGAACCAAAAGACUGAAUCUGUUCCUAUAACUGGA